UUGAGACCUGUGAAAUCCAUUGCAAGAUCCAAACGGCAAGCUUGAGAUAUUUCUGCAUUUAGGCUCCUGGCCAAUGUCGACUGUCGAACCUUCGCGCUAUGGCCCUGACUUCCACUGCGUGACAGUGUCUCGGGACAUGUUUGAGGUGCGCUCACACUACACGAAUCUGCGCCCCAUUGGCGGCGGGUCCUACGGCAUCGUCGUUUCCGCCGAAGACACUCUCCGCGGCCGCAAGGUGGCUAUCAAGAAGAUCACAGAUGUGUUUGACGACCUCACGGACGCCAAGCGUAUUUUGCGCGAAAUGAAGCUGCUCAAGCACCUCGGCGCGCACGAAAACAUCAUCAACAUCCUGGACGUGAUUUUAAUUCCCCCCAACACGACCAACUUUGACGACAUUUACAUCGUCACAGACUUGAUGGAAAGCGAUUUGGAACGCAUCAUCUCGUCCACGCAAACCCUGAGCGACGCGCACUUUCAGUACUUUCUGUACCAGAUCCUCCGCGGCACCAAAUUCAUCCACUCGGCGAACGUACUGCACCGCGACCUAAAGCCGUCCAACUUGCUCGUCAAUUCGAAUUGCGACUUGUCCAUUUGCGACUUUGGACUCGCCCGCGGCGUCGAGCUCUCGCACAACGAAGACCUGACCGAGUACGUCGUCACGCGCUGGUAUCGCGCGCCGGAGCUGCUCACAGACUGCCAGAACUAUGGCAAUGCCGUCGACAUGUGGGCCGUGGGGUGCAUCUUCGCCGAGAUGCUCAAGCGCCGGCCGUUCUUCACCGGCAAGGACCCGUCCGACCAGCUGCACAUGAUCGUGAGAAUACUCGGGUCCCCCACGCCCGACGAAAUGAUGUUUGUCACGCAUGAAGCAGCCAAGAAGGCCAUUACACAGCAUGGCUACUACCCUAAGGUACAGCAGACAGCAUUUUACAUUGGUUUCAAGGGUUACAAUUUGAUCGAGAUGAUGCUAGCGACCCCUCACCGAGUUCUUUCCGGAAGCCAACCCGCUGGCCAUCGAUUUGCUUGCCCGCAUGCUCAAGUUCAGCCCUGACAAUCGCAUCACGGUCACCCAAGCGCUGGAGCAUCCGUACCUGACCCAGCUGCACAACCCCGCGGACGAACCGGUGGCAACGUCGGCGUUCAAUUUUGAUUUUGAGCGCGAGUCGUUGGACCAAGGAGUGGAAAUGCCCAAGAACGAGCUGCAGCACUUGGUGUAUCUGGAAAGCAUGGCCAUUUUGAGCGCAGAAAACCAACACUUGUUGCGCUAAAGUUGUACUUUUAGUAGUAGUACUAACACUGUAACAUGCACUCUGCCCUUUCGUUUGACACA